AUGGAAAAAGCCAAAAAGUCAUGGUACGCCGUCCUCGAGGGUAGGCAACCCGGCCUGUACAGGACCUGGGACGAGUGCAAGAAGCAGGUCGACAGAUACCCUGGCGCUCUUUUCAUGGGGUUCUUCUCGCGUGAGGAAGCUCUCGAAUGGAUCGACGACGAGGCAGACGAGCCUGUGCCCGAUUACACAACAAGACCAGCGGCAACCGCGCCGGCCGGACUAUUACUGGACCAGUCGACGCAGGGAAGACAGAGCGUCAAUGGCCUAUCAUCCAUACCAACUUCAUCCCUGUCAUGCAUCCUCAGCUCGAAUGCCAGUUCCAGCUCCGGCUCUUCCGCAUUCUAUGCAGUAGCAAGAGGUCGACGACCAGGCAUUUACCACACCUGGGGCGAGUGUCGCAAGCAGGUGGACGGUUUUUCCGACGCUCGAUUCAGAAAGUUCAAGACCCUCACGGAGGCGACAGAGUUCUUGGCCGUCUACGGCGGCGGCGGCCACUUCUCACAGUUCACGUCACAAGCCUUCGAACCAGACAAUACGGCGUCGUUCAGCGAAGAGUGGGCCCGUCUUUCGCAGUCACAGGGGUGGACACGUGGGACCAAGCACUACAGUGAGCAGCGGGCGUGCGCGCUCCGGAAUGAGCUGCAGACGCACUUCUUCGCUCCUCCGUCUCGUGCCCUGCCCGCCAUCAAGAGCGAGGAAAGUGAGGAAGAGGGUGCCGACGCGAAGGCCCUCGCUGAGCCCCCUGCUGAGGACGACCACCAACGCCACGAGGAAGCGGUGAAGCUUCACGGCUUCCAGUCCAUGUGCAAAGCUGUCGGCAAACGGCCGGGGGAUACCAUCGGAGAAUGCGCAAGGAUCCUCAACCAGACGCUCGUCAACAUCGUCGACCUGAUCGAUGCCAGUCGGAUGGGAAGCGAGAAGGUGGUGAAGAUAUGGACCGACUUUGAAGACUUCAGGGCGUACACACUAAACUCAGCGGGCGGGGACAAGACUAUUCCUGCGAAACUGGCUGCGAAAGAUCCCCUUUUGAAAUGCUUCCUGCAGAAUUUCCGCAGGCCUCGAGGCCACUACGGCGGUGCUAUGGGCUGUGGUGGUGCCGUGAUCAAGAAGAGGGCUAGAUCCGAGGAAGACGAUGACUUCGAGGAUUGUGGACAUCAGAACAAGAGGAUCAUGUGUUGUUAG